CGCAACUCAAGGACCUUCCUAGCGCAGGAUGGCGUCGCCUGUCGGUUCGGGUAAUAGAACCAACGCAAUAUUCCCAUUAGACUGUCCCGUAUUCCAACGGGUCCUAAAGAGCUUCGGCCAUCUCGACUUAUGGACAGCUAGUACUCUCACUCCUCACCUCGUAACUGCUGUGCCGUUUCUUUCAAUUUCAUUCCCGGGUUCACCAAGUUGAAUGUGCUUAUUGGGAAUCAUUUACUUCCGGUUCUUAUAUAAAGUUGAAGCAUCGUCAAUAUGAGCCUGUCUUUGUAACCAUCUUUGUACUCCGUAUAUCGGUGCUGCGUACCUAUUCUGUACUUAUACCUUCCUCUUAGACGACUUCCACUAUCCGGGGACAUCUCUAUCCUGAUAGGUAUCCGUUCUCCACUGUGCUCCGCGGCCUCAUUCGAAUGCGCAUAUACUCCUCCAAACCUAUGGUAUGGUGCGCAAACAGCGAAAGCGAAUUUGCUAUGUGUUGCCGCUCGCAAAAUCCGCGGGCGGACAUCGACUCGGCGUCAAUGGCCUGGCUGUAGAUCCCAUUAAUUCCAUCCUAUACUCAGGCGGGCGAGAUGGCGCAAUAUGCGCAUGGGAUCUCCACGUCCCUCUUGCAGACGAUGAUUUCUCCAACCUAGCUUCCUCCCCUCCUCCGUCGCAUCCGGCCUCACUUCCGUCCCAGAGCUCCUCCCCGUCCGCGCUCUCGCCUUCUCCGUCGACUCUCCGGCAGCAGGUCCAGGCCCAUACGCACUGGAUCAACGACAUCGUCCUCGCCAACCAACACCAAGCCCUCGUUUCGGCCUCGUCUGACAUUACCGUCAAGCUGUGGCGCCCCUUCGCCGCUGACUCCGGCCCGCCGACCACAAUUGGAUUGCAUAGCGACUACGUGAAAUGCGUCGCUUGCCCCAGUCAGACAUCCAGCUGGGUCGCCUCGGGCGGAUUGGACCGCAAGAUUUGCCUCUGGGAUCUCGCCGGAAACGGGCAGACGCUGUCCAUCGACUGCACCGGGGACGACUCCGGCAAAGUCGGGCAAGGGCAAGCGACGAAAGGUUCCGUUUACGCGCUUGGGGUCACGCCGGGUUUGAUAGCCAGCGGUGGCCCGGAGAGCGUGGUGAGGGUGUGGGAUCCGCGGAGCGGGAAGCGGGUGACCAAAUUCGUGGGGCACACGGAUAAUAUUCGAGCGAUUUUGGUGGCGAGAGAUGGGGAGACCAUACUGACGGCGUCGAGCGAUCAAACGAUCAAAGUAUGGGAUGUCGCAGCGGGGAGGUGCGGAUAUACAUUAACAAUGCACAAUGAUAGCGUCUGGUCGUUGUUCUCCGAUGACCCGAGGCUAUCGGUCUUUUACUCCAGCGAUCGAGGAGGCAUGGUCGCGAAGACAGAUACGAGAGGGUGUGCGGAAGUCAACGAGGGCAUGUGUGUCGCUGUUGCCCAAGAGCAUGACGGGGUGAAUAAGAUCGUCAAGGCGGGGAAGUAUAUCUGGACCGCGACGUCAAAUUCCAGUAUCAAUCGCUGGACUGACGUCGAUCUCACGGAUGUCGAAAUACAGCCUCCGGAUUCUUAUCGGAUGCAUCGGUCAAGCGUUGUUACCACAAAGUCCAGACAGACUGUGCACCCAGCAUCCACCAGCCCACCACCGUCUAGCGGGGUCGGGCAGAACAUGAUUCCGUUCAAGAGUGUUCUGAGACUCUCGAAUGUAGCCUCGUUUUUGCUCUACCCGAAUCGGGACAUGGAAGCCUCGACACUGCAUUCCACCGCUAGCGCACGAAAGCCGUCGGGGGCACUGGACGCUUUGGAUAGUGUAGUGGUUCCAUUGCGGCAACUACCGGACCAUUCUAUUGAGGGCCAGAACGGCUUGAUUAAACAUGUCAUGCUGAACGACAGGAGACGAGUAUUGACCUUGGAUACCGCUGGAGAAGUCAUACUUUGGGAUUUGAUUACGUGCCAGGCUGUCAAGUCGUUUGGAAAGAAGGCAAUGGAUGAUGUCCUCCAUGAUAUCAAUCCAGUGGAGGCGGUUGCACACUGGUGUGCUGUCGACACGAGAACCGGCAGUCUGACCUGCGUACUGGAUGAGAAUCAUUGUUUCGACGCUGAGAUGUACGCCGAUGAAGUCGAGCUAGAUGAGGGGAUUGAAUUUCGUGAAGACCAGCGGAUCAAUCUAGGGAAAUGGGUCUUGAGAUACCUAUUCGCUGACCUGAUCAAUGAGGAGAUCCGUCGAGAUGAAGAGGCUCGGCAGCAUAUUCUCGACCAGAGAGACCAGAACUUUCAGAGAGGAAAUACCCCAGGAACCAUCCAAAUCCCGCAAACCAAGAUCACGACUUGGAAUGAUGCUGCAGCUGGCCCAGCUUCCGUAUCCACGCUCCGGGCAAACAAUGGUAUGCGCUUCCCAGCAUCUACUCCCGGUCUUGCGAUCGGCAUCGCCUCUCCGGGUGGAUUCGCGACACCUGGCGCGAACCCAACCACGCCCGGCGUACCGAUUCCCGAAGCUGAAAAUGAACUUGACAAGCCCAACGACUACUUCUCCGCCACCACCUCUAUUGCCCAAUCUCCACCCGCCGUGAGCAACGGCGGUAAACCUCCCGCGACGCCGAGCGAACCCACAACCGACGAGACCUCAACACCCUCCGAACAUGAAAAGGACUCCGCAAACAACCCUUCGAAAGACGCUAAAGAAUCUAACCUCUUCAGCAAGAAAAUGCGCAUGCCGAAAAUGUCCAUGACCUUUGCGGGGAUGAAGAAACUUGGGCGCUCGGCCUCGACCGCUGCCGCCGAUGCUACUAGCCCUGCCAACAUUGCCAAAGGCGGAGCUGGAGGCGCUCCAUCUAGUACUGACGAACGGAGCGAGGACGGAGAUUCUCAUUCGAGCCGAGUGGAUGGUCGUGCGAUCGAGGACAAUUUCCUGGGCACGGUGCAGAAGAUCCGGUCGGGGUAUGAGGAGCAGCUGGCGUCACUGCGGACGGGGCCGCCGGCGAGGCGGACGGAAGAAGGCUCGGAUCAGGCGAUAACAGGCGCGGACCCAGGGGCGGGGCCGGGAGAAGGUGGAGCGGAGCACAGCGGGGCGGUGGCAGCAUCGCUCCCUCAUGCCCAAGAAAUUCACGGCACUGCAUCCGGGAAUGCAGAGGCGCUGACAAGUGCAAUUACACCGAGCUUGCCGAACGAUACGCCGGUGUUGAAGCCACCGUUGAAUACGCUGAUUUUGAUUCAAGAGGAUAGAGGGGAUAGUGGUGGGGUGGCAGAUUUGUUUGAAGGGGAGGUAGGGAAUUUGGGGAAGCAGGCCGAUACCAUUGAGAAGGUGGCGCCGCUAUGGUUGGCGGAGGUACUGUUACGGAACCAAAUGCCAUUGAAAGACAUCGUCAAGGUGUCAUUCAUACUCGAACCGUAUCAGAACCUGCUGCCGAGCAUUGCGAGCGAUGGGAAUAACCGCCUGAACGCCAACCGCAUGCUCCGAGCUCGGAAAAUCCUCGCAUACGUUGCUGAGCGUAUCGAAGCGCCCUCUUCCAAUCCUGAAUCCAGUUCAGCGAUGAAGCCGGAGGAGUAUCUCGACCUCUUUUGCCAGAAUCAGUUCAUUCCCCCAACCAUGACCUUAGCCACAAUCCGCGCACAUGUCUGGCGUGGUGGCGGCGAUGUGGUACUCUACUAUCGUGCGAACGGGAAAAAGGAAAUCAAGAUCCCAAAGCCGCCGAAACCGGUUACCCCGGAACCCCCAGAGAUUCCAAUACCGGCUGUGUUUGUGAGAUAGGGUUGGCAGUGAGAAGCAGUGAUCGUGUUGAAACUUACGUAUAUACCAUCUGACGGAAUUAUAUCAUCUGCAUAUACCAUCAUAC